GCUAUGGUCUCCACCAUCACCACUCCCUUCUCCUCCUCGGCUCCCUCCUCCGCCGUCUCCUCCUCGUCGCCUACCCAUGGCGCUCCUCUGCCAGCUACCUCACUUCUCCUUAUGCUCCUCUUCCCUCGGCGGGAGCAGGAGCGAUCGCUCGUCCUCGAUUCGAGGUUCUGGCUGGCUCGUCCGACUCCCCAAGUGCUCUCCCCACGCGAGGAAGGCGAUCGCGAGGAAAAAUCUUAUUAGGAUCUCGGCAAUGUCUAAUGAGACUCCGUAUAAGAUGAAUCUUAACGAGUACAUGGUCACUCUGGAUAGGCCGUUGGGCAUCCGUUUCGCGCUCUCCACGGAUGGAAGGAUCUUCGUCCACUCGCUCAUAAAAGGGGGUAAUGCAGAAAAAUCACGAAUAGUAAUGGUUGGUGACGCAUUGAAGAAGGCAAAUGACGCGCAAGGUGGUGGAUUCACUGAAAUAAAGGACUUCAAGGAUGCAGAGAUGAUGCUCAAGACCAAUAAAGGAUCUUUUAGUCUUGUACUUGAAAGACCAUUUUCUCCUUACCCAAUUCAACAUCUUCACCCAAGUGAUGUUUACCAUGCCUUGUUUAACAAAGGCCAAGUAGCAUUUGCUACUUGGAAUAAAAACGUCUUGGCAAAAGAUCUGUAUUCAGGUUCUGAGGCCAAUGGGAAAUCUGGCUUUGCCAUAUUCUCAGCAAAGUUUCUACAAUCAGAAGGAUGGAUGCUUUUAUCCAGUCAGGGAUCUGUUAAUUCCCUAUUGCAGAGCAAUAGCCACCCUUUAGCUAAACAUGCCCAUGAACUUAUAAGUACUCUUUCUGAGGAAGAGCAGGGAGAAUGGGCCUACGGUAGUUUUCCUCUCGAGGAAUAUAUCAAAGCACUUGAUCGAGCAAAAGGCGAGUUGUAUUAUAACCAUUCACUUGGCAUGCAGUUUAGCAGGAUUACAGAUAGUAUAUACGUUGGUUCAUGCAUACAAACAGAAAAGGAUGUGCAGGCACUGGCAAAAAUUGGCAUCACUGCUGUUCUAAAUUUCCAAAGUGACAUUGAGCGUGCUAAUUGGGGAAUCAAUUCAGCAUCCAUCAAUGACUUCUGUCGUCAAAACAACAUAUUAAUGGUUAACUAUCCUAUAAGAGAAGUGGACUCUCUAGACCUGAGAAAGAAACUUCCAUUCUGCGUAGGUCUUUUACUAAGACUUCUGAGGAAAAACUUCCGAAUAUUUGUUACAUGUACGACAGGAUUUGACAGAUCACCAGCCUGUGUGAUUGCCUAUUUACACUGGAUUCAAGAUACUGCUCUCCAUGCUGCACAUAACUUUGUCACCGGAUUGCACCCAUGCAGACCUGAUAGAGCAGCAAUUGUUUGGGCCACUUGGGAUCUUAUUGCAAUGGUAGAAAAUGGAAAUCAAGGAGGACCUCCCACACAUGCUGUCAAUUUUGUAUGGAGCAAUGGGUGUGGUGAGGGUGAUGAGGUGUGCUUGGUUGGGGACUUCACUAACAAUUGGAAAGAUAAUAUUAAGGCUGUUUACAAGGGUGGAUCAAAAUUUGAAGUUGAACAUAGACUUCGACAUGGAAAAUAUCAUUAUAAGUUCAUUGUUAAUGGACAAUGGAGACACUCAACAGCAUUGCCUGUCGAAUCUGAUGAACGUGGGAAUGUUAACAAUGUCAUCAGGGUUGGCGACGUAGCUAGGAUCAGACCUUCUCCUUUGCACCUACAGAUCAAGGAUCGGACAACCGUUAAGGUAAUUGAAAGAUCGUUGACAGAGGACGAGCGGUUCAUGCUGGCAUUUGCAGCAAGGCGCAUUGCAUUCUCCAUUUGCCCUAUUACACUUGCUCCCAAGUAAAUACACGACUCUUCAUGGUUAUAUAUAUAAAGAACACCGAGUUUUAAAGGAUUGUUUACUGCUUGUUCCACCAAUAAAUACGGUAGGCUUCUGGCCUUCCUUUUCCUUAAAAGGAUAUAGCUAGAGUGUAUGCUUCAUAACUUUUCCCUUUUUAUCAUACUCGCAAAUGCCCAAACAGGGUCAAUAUGGUGAACUCUUUUUUGAAUGGCCAAGUCAAUUUGAUUGAUCCUAUUAACUUGAUUCAAUUGUAUAGAUUAUUUAACCUGGGCAGCCAACUGAUAUGACUAAAUUUGAUAGUCAAGUGAUUCAUAUUUUUUUA